GAUGAAGAAGCUAGCAGCGCGAGAUUUUGAAGAUAUUCUACAGUGUGCCUAUCCAUGCUUUGAAGGCUUGCUCCCAUCUCCACACAAUGAGCAUGUGCUUGAUGUCCUAUAUCUUCUCGCGGAAUGGCACGCUCUUGCGAAGCUCCGUAUGCACACAGAUACCUCUCUACAGCUCUUGGACUCUGCCACCACGGCCCUCGGGAAGAAACUGCGAUCUUUCAAAUCAGGAACAUGUGCUGCAUUUGACACCCGAGAGACCGAGCGAGAAUGCGCGGCCCGUGCACGAGCUGAUGCUAGGCGUCAGGCUGGCUCUGGAGCAGCAAACCCAUCAAGUGCCGCAACAGCGUCGGGACGACGCCAUCGAACUCUGAACCUUCAACGAUACAAGCUGCAUGCGCUUGGAGACUACGUGGAUACAAUUAGGUGUCUGGGUACUACGGAUUCAUACUCUACGCAAACGGUACGCCGUGAAUUAUCUCUGCUUUUGGCACAUUGUGGUAACGACGAUUCAGUCAGAACUAGAGCAUCGAAUUGUCAAAGCGAACUAUGA